AGAGCAGGAGAGAGAGAUGUACGGUGAAGGGUGAGAGCCGUGGGCUGGCGGCAGUUGCGGUGGGGAGAGGGCCUGGCUGGGGAUGUCGCAGUUCCUCAGCUUCUAUCUGCUAUGGCUUGUGCUUCUGCUGGUUCGCUUCUCAUGUGAGCUGAGCGUGGACAUCAGCAGAGCCAGGAAGCUGUGCGGCAGACACCUGCUGCAAGAAAUAGUGAAACUCUGUGGCAAGACUGAUUGGAGCCAUUUCCAGCUUAUGGAGACUCCCCCUUCAACAACGUCGUCGACUCCCCAGGCUUCCAGGAAAGCCAAGGCCUCCAGAGCCGGCACCUUCAGAAAACACCACAGCCCCUGGCAUGGCUGGAGAAGAGUAACACGCCCAGUUAGAAUGGCUGUUAUCAGGAAAAUGAACGAUAACAGAACCCAACAGGAUGUGGCCAAAAGAGAACACUACUAUACUGUUGGUGGGAGCGUAAACUCAUUCAGCCAUUCUGGAAAGCACUUUUCCUUUUCUUAUCUUUCAACAGCCUCUACUUCUGCCACUGAACGAUCAAGAUCCAGUUGGGAGUUUCAGUCGCUACCUGAAAAAACGGUUAACUUGAUCCCCGAUAUGAUAAGAGAAGCUUCUUUUUUACAUGAUAUCAACCCACAUGUUCAUGAGAUUGAAAAAUUUCAGAAAAAAACUACAAACAAAAUUAAAGCUGUAAACCAUUUAUUUUGGGGGAAUCAUCCCCAAAGAAAACGCAGAGGAUUCUCAGAUAAAUGUUGUCUUAAAGGAUGUACAGAAGAAGAACUUGGCAUUGCAUGCCUUCCAUAUAUUUAUUCCUAAAAUUUAGUGACAAAAGCACCAUCACUUGUGACUGGGAUGUACUAAUUAUAGGAACUAUAUUAAGAUAAUAAAUGCUUACUCUAUUUAAUUUACUACUUAUUUUCUUAGGGUAAUUGUGCCUGUAAGAGCUAUAGUGUCAACUAGAUUUGAAUGUACCUGCAAGUACCUGACAAAACUUUACAGUGAUAAAUCUUAGUAUUUUCUUCAGUGAUUCCUUUCCCUUAUUUCUUUCACAUUAUGGGGAGGGAGGCAUAAAAGGUGUUAUUGGAAGUGGCAUGAUGUAUACAGCAUUCUAAAAAAUACUGUUCAUUUUUAUUAUGGUUGAAAUGCUUUUAAGCUGAAUAUAAAUGGAUUAUAGAAUGUUAUGCAACCCAUCUAUAUGAUAUAUAGACAGGCACUUCAGUAAGUCAAUUCAUUUGUCCCACCAACUUAAAAAUAACCAAUUAUACUCCUAGUGAGAACCCUUUUAUGGUAACAGUAAGUACAUCUUUAAUUCUUUGAGUUUUAUUACAGAAAUUGAACAUAUUCUCCAACAUUUCUGCAAAGAUACAGUACAUGUCCUAAGUUUAAAAAACAUCUUUAAGAUAUCCUGUCUUUUCUUUAAGGGUACUGAUAUGUGAAUCGACACUCAAUCCACAACAUAUUCAAAGUUCUGGAAGGGGUCUUCAAAAUAUGUCUUUGGUCAUAACAGCAACAUCAGCCUCAGUUGGGAAUUU